UAUGGCUAUCUGUUUAAUUAAUUAGAGCAUAGAUUAAAGUUAGAGGUUAAAUGUACAUUUAUGAAAACCGUAUUUUAUAGAUGUGCAGCUGGUUAAUUAAUAAAUUUAAGUUUUAAUAUUAAAAGAGUUGUACUGAGAUGAGCACAGAAAAUGUUAAUCUUGAAGAACUUGAGGAUAAAGGAAAUCUUGUGGACGAAACUCCAGAUUCCGAAGUAAAAGAAACUGAAGAAUGCGAGAAUGAUAACAAUUCUAAGACUUCCUGUUCAAAUUGUACAUCCGUUGAUAGUGACGAUGGUGUGGAAUUUGAGAGAGAAGAGGGGGAUGGUCAGGAAGGUACACCAUUUGACAGAGUAGAUGACGAUGAGGAUAAGAAAAAUCCACAAUAUAUCCCUAAAAAGGGUACAUUUUAUGAACACGAUGAUAGAACAGUGGAAGCUGAAGAACCUGAAAAUAAUACAGAAAAAGGUGAAAAAGUAGGAAGGAAGACCAUGUGGAUUGAUAAGAAAGAUCACUGGAGCCAUGACAAAUACAACGAUACUGAACAAGCACCUAAAUCCAAGUCAGAAUUAAUUGCUGUUUAUGGGUAUGAUAUAAGAAAUGAAGAUGGUCCACCUAAAGCAAGAAGAAGAAGAAGAUAUGGACGUGGUCCUAGUAAAUAUACUCGAAACUGGGAAGAUGAAGAUGCAUAUAAGCUUUCAAGACCUGAAAAGAAAACACCAAAAAAGCCAAGUCAUCGAAAGAAACAAUUAUCUGACUUUGUUCCAAUUAAUAAAAAUGCUAGUGAACAGGAAUUGAAAAUCCUAAAUUCAACAGAAGCUACUGAAAUUUCAAUCUUAAGUAAAGAAGAAACGAAGGUAAAUCCGAAUCUCUCGAAUAAUAAUACUUUUCUAAAAUCGUCUGAGAAAACGAUUUCUAAAAAACAAUUUAAUCAAAAUAAAAACAAUCAUCAACAAAUUUCCGAACGGGAUUACUCGUCUGGGCAAGGAUCUCAAAAAAAAAUUGAAGAUUCUGAUUAUAAAGGAUUCACUAGGUCUCGUCAAUAUCGCAGCGUUAAAUCAGAGCAAAAGAUCUUACCCAAAACGGUCGAUCGACAAGUGGUUCGUUCGCAAAGUUUCAGCAACAGAAGUGCUUCUGACGAUGUGGAAGCUAGCGCGAAUCUUUUGAGCAGAAUGAAUAUAAACGAUGGAGGAAACAGUAACAGUAAAAAUAUUAAAUCAAAUAGACAAAUCAAUAAGCCACCACGUUUGCAAAGUGAACAGAAAGGAUCAAAAAGAUAUAGUUCCUUGAGACAAAGGUCAUUGCCUGAAACGUCGUCUUCGCCCAAUUUUUACCCAAACGAGUUCACACAUCAACGUUCUCAACAGGCUUCAGCGGUAGUUCUAUCUCAUACAAAUUCGGUUCCCAUAGAACACGUAACUCCCGCACCUCUUCAGCCUAUUUCCCAACAAAUUUCUGUACCCAAUCCUCCUCUCCUUCAAACACAGUCGCACUACGUGACACCUUUCCCUCCCGGACCGCCUCCUUUCCUUCAGUCUUCCGUCGCCCAACAAACGUUUAUACCGGCUCAACCCUCUGCUGCUUUAAUUAACUACGUUCCAGGACAGCCUCAGUUCUCUCAUCCUCAAACUGGACCCUUUGAAGGAUUUCAAGCGCAGCAGUUUAAUGCAGUGACACAACAACCUGAACUAUGUCAGUAUCAGGGCGGAACUACCUAUUAUUCAACACAGAACCAACAUGUUCCACAAAGAUCGGCUACAACCAGACGCCCGAAAGCAGCUAUCCCUAUAAUUCCACCACCUCAAGAUUCGAGAGGAAGGGGAAGAAGUGUAAAUGUUAAUCAGAAAUCAUUAAUUUCGUCAUCUCUGGAAGAUACUCCUAAAGCAACAGACGAAACGGUGGAGCAUUAUGAAAACGUUUCUGACGAACUUAAAGAGUAAUUGGUAUUUGAAAGUUGUACUUUCUUAUUAUCCUAAUUAUGAUAUAAUUAAAAUGUUAUGCCUGUAUUUUGUUUGUUGGUUGGUUUUAUUUAAUUUGUAUACACACAUAUGGAUACAUAUUUAACUGUUAAUUUAUACACUUAUAAUCCAAUGUUAAAAUGACUCUUCAUGAAAAUGAGAACAUCAAAUUGUUUUUGAAAACAUACAAUAAACGACAGUAUAGCGAUAGUAAAA